CAAAUGGAAGCUGUUACCUGUAGACGUUAAUGAUUUUUCAGAAAUUACGUAACCAACUGAAUAGACACAUAAUUUUAUUAUGUAGUAUUACUACGUGGACGUCAAUAAAUGGUUCAAUACUGAAGAAUAUUCAAGUGAUUGCAAUUCUAUAAUAACAGUAGAAAGGAAAAUGGAGACUGACGUAGACAAAAAUAUCAACAAUUCCAAUGAGAACAUGGCUUCAAAUUUUACGGUUGCGCAAGAAAUUCCAACACCACUCAGUGAGGAAACAGAUAAUAUUUCAUAUUUAAGUUUAAGACACCAGAAUCAAUUCACAACUGCUUUUGGUGACCCUAUAACUCAAGCUACAACACCUAGCCAGAUCCCAGCAUAUACUAAGAAUGACAGUUCUAACCGACAGCAAUAUGAACAACAGGGAGCAAUGUCUGAAGACAUCAUGCAUGGAUCUAAAGAUUUUUUACCAGGAGGUUUUAAAAUCAGUAAAUCUGUGAAUCCUUCAACAGAAAAAAGGGAACUAGACAAAAAUAGAAAAGCAAAGCAAAGGGAUUUAUCAGGAAAUACAUAUGUGACAAGCCAUCAGGUUUCAAAACAAGAAAAUAUUAUCAAUGUCAAUGAUGAAGUUCUGGUAAAUAUCAAGGACAAUAAGGUUGAUAAGACAGUUUUAAAAUUAGUUUGUGCUUGCCUUAACAUUAAGGAUAAUCAAACAAGAACAUUGAUUCUACGAAAUAAACACUGCAAAACAGCCAAAUCAAAGGAUCUUGAUGAUUGGUAUGACAGAGUGGAGAAGAAAAUGAAAGAAGUCUUUUUCAGCCACAUAACUGAUUAUGUUCAACUGAAAGGAGAUUGUGAAUCAGAAGUGUUAGAGCUUUCUGUUAAACCUGCACCCAAUUUAUGUACACUUGAUAUGUAUUCAUAUUUUCCAUCAGUGUCAUCUGCUGAUCAAGCAAAAUAUACCAAAGCCGUGGAAAUUUUAAGUCAAGAAGGACCAGCUGGUCCAUUACCAAUUAUACAAAAUCGAACAUACAAACUAAAUCAUGAAGUAAGAGGCUUAAGAAACGAAAAUAUAGACACUCAGUUUAAGCAGAUAACCGGAAAGGAUGUUCCAAAUACGUUAGCAAAUAUGUGUUCCCAUUACAUUUCCGCAUUUGGAAAUUACAAAGGUGGUAUUGUUUAUUAUGGUAUUGGAGACACAAAUGGAAAAGUUUUUGGCAUUGACUUAUCAAAGUGUACACAUGAAGAUAUUGAAACUGCACUUGAAAUAAAAAUUGGAGGAAUGAUUUGCGGGAAAUCUAUCCCAAAGCUAACAAGAAAAACACAUUGGGAUAUUCAAUAUUUUGAUAUAGAGGAGGAUGGAGAAGGGAACACUAUUAUGCAAAACAGGAAGGUUAUAGCAGUCAAAGUGUGUAGAAUACCUGGUGGGGUAUUCACUGCAGUCCCUGAAUCUUAUUAUGUUGAUGACAAUGGAAAUGUAAAGCAGUUUGAUGAUUUUGGAGAAUGGAGAUCUCAAAUGUUAUCAUCAUAUCAAGAUUCCCCUGCAACAAAGGGAGAUGCACAUCAGCUUAAAGAAAGCCUAAACAAUAUAUGUGAUGAGAUUAAAGACCUGAGCAUCAACUCAAUACAGAGACGGCCAAUUGGUGACAAUUCCAUUGUAAAUGACUCCAUUGUUGUAGGCAGAACUGUAGUUGAUGAAAUGUCUAGCAAUAUUGAAGAAUGGCAUUUAGUGGAAAAUUAUAUCUAUACCGAAAAAUAUUAUCAAAAAUUAAAAAAAUGUAUGGAAACGAAAAGUUGUGUCAUUCUGAAAGGUUUGAUAGGAACAGGGAAAUCUGAACUUGCUCUACAGUACUGCUACAUUGUCAGGAAACACAAUCCUACCAUCAUCGUAUAUAAGUUACGAUGUACAGAUACAAAUAUGUUUGAAAAAUCAUUGCGUGAGCUUUGCAAAUGCCUCCCCAACAUUAAUAUUAUUGAAGAAGAAAACAUUCAAAAAGAAACGCUUAACAAACUAGAAGAUGCCAUAAUAAGGGAGAUCAAAGAUAGAGAAGGAUAUCAGUUCUUGCUUCUAGAUGAUGUCAAGCCAAAUUCUAAACAUGCUGUGAAUGGCUUUUUGAAGAAAUGUAAGCGUGUUGUAAACAUUAAGCUAAUCGUGACAACCUCAGUAUCAUUAGAUCUAGAUCAAAUCACAGAUGAAGUAGUAGAAGUCAGUGGAUUUUCAGAAAAUGAAGCAGUAGAUUUUCUGGCAUAUGGCAAAAGUGGAGAUAGAGAGAAUUACUUAAAGCUUGCCAAGAAAUUUAGCUGUAAUCCUAAAGGAUUGCAUAUUGCAAGAUCAUACAUGUCUCAAGCAGGUCUCUCAGCAGGAGCUCUGACACGAACACUUAAUGUUCCUCUGGAUAUGUUAAGACUUGAAAAAACUUUAACCGUGAGUGAAACUUUCAUGGACGAAACUCUUUUUAGUUCUCUAGUUAGCAUAAUAAGAGAUAAGCACAUGAAAUACAAACAAGAAGGAAAAAAGCAUAUAUUUGAAAUGUUACUCUUACUACAAUUUCUUGAAGUCGAAAAUAUACCUGUAGUUCUGUUCACAAAAACAUCAUACGAAGCAUCGGAUUUUUGCAUUGACGACCUUAUUUAUGAAAUUAAGAAUUCCUCAUUUGGAACAAUAGAUGAACAUGAUGAUAACAGAAAAAUUAACACUCAUGAUUUAGUGAAAUCAGCCUUAGAGAUAUAUAUGACAAAAAUGGAGGCUGAUGUUCUAUUAACGAAAGAGAAGCUCUUGAAAAAGCUGUUAAGAGCUUUCUGUUUGUUGAUGGACAAAGACAAUAAGCAUAAGUCAGAUCUUCAGCGUCACAAUUUACUUGUACCUCAUGCACGUGCCGUUUUGGAAAAAAUUAAAGCAGAAAUGAAGGACAAACUAGAAGUUGAACCAUUUAAGAACCUAGAGUAUUUCUUACAAGUUAUAAACUUAAAAGAUAUAAUAGGAUACACAUACAGCUUUAAUGAAAUGUUCAGCGAGGCCAGUGAAUAUUUCGAAGAUGCAAAAAAGGACUUGUUUGAACUAUUAAACGUAGAAAAAACAUUUCAAGUGGAAUUUGACAUGUUACUCAAAGCUGAUUGCGAUCUCCUUCAGCAAGAAAGUUUAGUUUGUGAAAAGACUAAAGAACUCUAUUCAGCCAUUGUUGAUUUUAUUAACAAUGCAAAUUAUCUGUCUUCAGUUAAAAAUGUCAGUGAGGAUUAUGUGAUAAAUAAAUAUCGGAAUGCAGAGGAUGUAAAGAUACUGUCAAGUUUACUGGGAAAACAGGAACUAGCAGAAACCUCUUACUUGAUCAAAGAUGAGUAUGUUCAGUUUUCCCUUACAGGAUAUGCAGUACCAUUAGAAGAGCUCAGUAAAGAAUUUUUGUUUGAACUGGUUAUUUCUGUUUUACAUACCUAUGGCAGAAGACUGUUUUACCUUUCAGAUAAAAGAGAUAUACAAACGGCACAAAUAUUUUUCUCAUAUUUGGCUGUUGCCAAUGAAUUGUCAAAAAUGAUUUCUGACCAUGAGAAUAGCAACAAAGAUAGGCUCUCUUCCGUCCUAACAGAGAGGAGUAAAAUUCAGUCUGUUUUAUACUUUUUAUGUAAGGAAAGAGAAGUAGAUGCUUCUACUUUGAAUGAUUACAUUUCAAUUUGUAAAAGUAGACUUACAGAAACAGUUAACUACUUUGAAUUUGGUGUUUUGAAAGUUUUGCCUGAUAAAAGCGAUCAUUUCACUGCAAUAUGGGUCAAGCUGAUAAUUGGAUGUUACAGAAAUUUGAUAAAAAUAGAGAACACAGACAAAGUAUGUAAUGAAGCUUUAGAAUGGGGUGAAGAUCUUUCUGAAAAGAUGAAAAGUAUGAAGGAUAAUACUUCCUAUCCCAAACUGGUAUGCUCACUGGGAGAUCUUUAUUUUGCUACUGGUAAAAUAUUGAAGUCAGAAAAGUGUUUUGAAGAAAUACUUCCAAAACACGCCAAAGUAACAGACAAAAGUCUGACUUCUGAGAGCACUUUGAAAUGGUUUGAACGGAAGGCGUGCAUUUCCUAUAUCAGAUGUCGAAUGAGUAGGUCAUGUGAUACAGAGCAAAAUUUUGAUGCCGAUACGUUACAACGAUUGGAAGCUUUUAAAUUGCUUUUGCAGGGAUAUGUAAAUGAGCUAGAAGAUCUGGAAGAAAUGGAAGUCAAAAUCAAAGGAAGGUUGCAUGGUGUAUGUAGUGAUCAGUAACUGCUUAUGUCUUAAAUUGAAUGCAGACAGAAGCCAGUCAUUUCUUGAUAAGAUUUAUCAAGUAAAAGUCUUACUGAAAUUUAUAUUCUCAAAACUUUCUCCAUAAUAUACAACGUGUACAAUGCACUUUGAAGAUAACAACUUCAGAAGUCUUUUUCAAGUUUGUUGCAGAAACAGAACGUUUUGGUGUUUUUCGGUAUUUGCUUUGUUUUUUAUUUAAUUUUGAUAAAGAAAUUAACCAAAAGCUUCCUAACGUUACAAAGUGCUUUGAUGCGAAAGUUUACUGUCAGCUACACUGCAAUGACAAAUUUUAAAUUUUUAAUGCUUUCUAAUGACACAUAUAAAAUAAAUGAAAUAAGGCAUACUGCAUCUUUCAUGUCUUUUUUAGAACAAAAACUGACAUAUUCGGAACAGUCACAUUAUGUUUUAUCCAAAAUAGGUACUUUCGAAUACAAAAGCAUUAUUAUGAUUAUCAUGUGAACUUAGAAAAUAUAAGCAAUAAGAUAGUUUCUGAUGUUUAGCAACUCCAAUGAUAAAAGUUUACCAAAAUUUAUUUUCUUCAUUUGUUGUACACGAAUUCCUGCAGAUAGACAAAAGUUGGGAUUCGUUAAUGAAUAUUUAAAGCAUGUUAAUUUUAUUUAUAUGCAUAUUCUUUGCAAUAUAGAAUGUGGAGUUCUUUCGAACAAUAGAUCAUGACAUAGCUAUUUAUGUUGUUGCUGUUCUGAUAUACUAUGAUAUAUAGAUUGAUUGAUUGUUGGUUGCUCAAUGUCCAGUGAAUGAUAUGUAGAUAUUUGUUUCUUACUGAAGUGGAGAUUAUAUAACUGAUAACUAUGUUAAACUUUGUUCUUUUGUUCUGUUGUUCAUAGUGCAUUUUGAUUGGUUGCAAACCCCCACAUUAAAUAGUAUUUGGAUAUCAGUGAAACUUUUAGAGAAUUUUAAAUUAUUUAAGUGAUUUUGAACUUUCUUAACUUGAAUAAAGAAAGGCAACAGUAGUAUACCGCUGUUCAAAAGUCAUAAAUCGAUUAAGAGAAAACAAAUCCGGGUUACAAACUAAAACCGAGGGAAACACAACUUGACCGUUUAUAAAUUUCAAAAUUAUUAAGAAACAAUAAGGUUUCAACUCUCUCAGGCACAGUUGACCUUAGAUAUAAUUGGGUAUUAUUUUUAUGUCCUUUCUUGUUCAUAUAGCUCUUCAACUGUUUCUGUUCUUAUACAUCUUUGGCUUUCAAAUAUUCGGCUUUGAACGUUCCAGAUGAAGGUAAAUCCAGUAAAGUCCUUUUGUUAUCUGCAUGAUUCGAUUUUCCGUAGCAAAAGGUAGUCUGUAUCAUGUAUUAAGUGUAAGGCAUAUGCCAUUUGCUAUUUUUCAUUUAUGAAAGCUUUCAUAAUUUUGACGAAAAACAAAUUCAAAUAUAUUAGGUUUUUUUUACUUCCUUAGGAAUGAAUAAUCGAUAAGAUUUUAUAAAGAAUGAAAGUUGUUCAUCAAUAAAACGAUAGAACAGGUUUCAAUUUUUUUUUCAAAGAUGCCGAAUACAGUCAGAAGUUUUCAUGGUCAAUGUAACUGAAAUGGAAAAUAUACAAGAUCCUUAUGCUUUUGUAAUAUGUUAUAGGUUUUAUUAUGAACAGACUUCGUUCAAAUUUCGAUCUGUAAAAUUAUUCUAUGGAUAACAAAGAAUCAUCACAUGAUGUGAUAUUUUCAAGAUUUUAUUAGAAUGUUUUACUUUUUAAUCAUCUGUAUAUUUUAUUUUUAUUUGUUUAGUGUUGCAAAACGUUUUAUUACUUAGUCAGUAUAGUACAAUUCAUAAGACAUAACUUCGGAAAUAUUCAAUUCCUUCAUCUCUUGUUGCAGUCAGUAUAUAUAUAUAUUCAACAUUUGUUAAAAGAACAUGUGUACAUAAGUUUGCGUGACAGUUGUCUGUCAAAGUUUUCUUGUCCAGAUAAAUAUUUUUUUAAAGAUGGCCCAAUAUGGUUAGGACUAUUUUUUAAUUAACAGGAAAGUAUUCAAAGCCAUUUUGCUCUAUAAAAAUAAUGAUUGUAAUUCAUGCUUAGUUUUAAUUUUACUGAUAAUGAAAUUUGAAAUUGUAUUAAUUAAUCCAUUAUUCUAUACAACUUACCCUGUUUAGUAUUCAUUUUAAGGCUAUUAUUGUGGCUUUAUGUUCUGCAUCUUUAGUAAUAUGUGUUCUACGUGUUUAGUUAUAUGUGACCAGCCAUGAGAUUUGCAGCCUUAUGGAGGUACCAGGGUCAAAAUGAGUUUUUUGCAUUUUGAUGAAGUAUACAUAGAUUCAAAACACCCUAACAAGCUAUUUUGCUAGAUUCUGCAAAAUAACACUUUUUCUUUCUUCGUAAGUUUCAAAACUGAUUCCGGACAGGAAAUAAAUUCACGCAUCAUUUAUAAUUUUCGGUACUUAAUUGUUCUAAAUAAUAUAUCGCAAUGGUGAUAAAAUUUAAACCAUUUUGUAAACCGAAAACAUGUUAAUGAUGCAGGGAAAAGUGAAGCACGCAAUGAAAUCUAAAGAUAAAUUGUGUGAAUUUAAAACGCGAUUCUAAACGGGAUUUGAACUUAAAUUAUUAGUUUUGUUUUGUAUAUCUUAAUAUAAAAUUCAAAUUUCCUCAAGUCAAGAAAGAAUGAAACUUUCUUUUACCGGAUGAUAUAAUUGGACAUUCUAUAGCAGGUGCCCCGAUUACGUUACGUCACUUUGCAUCGACGUUUUCUCAUUAUGACGUUUACCGCCAUAAGCCUGGAAAAUGUCAUGUCGGGUCACAUAUGUGUUCUACGUCUUUAGCAAUAUGUGUCAGGGUUUUAAGAAAUAUUGUUAAUCAUAAACGCUUUGCUAGAUUGUGAAUUUGCAAUUAUAAAGACUGAAUAUAACAUUUAUAGUCUAUUUUCAUUAGUGAAUUGAUUAACAGUUGAAAUAACUUUGUAUGAUUUCAAAUCAUUGUAUUUGUAAACCCUUAAACACUACUGAUUGUUUGAGGAAUGUUUGCCCAUUUUUUGUCUCGCUUUGACGGAGUCAAAAAGCGAGACAUAGGUAUGCUGUUUCCGGCGGCGGCGACGUCAACAAUGUAUUAGUUUGUGAUUAGGUCUAGUUUAUGGUGAACUACUAUAGGUUAUUUGGUAUGCAGUUGUAUUAGCAUUGGCACAUCUCAUUACCAUGGAGAUUAUUUGGCCCCGCCCCCUCAUUCAUGGUCUUUUGACUUUGAAACUUUUGCUUAGUUUACAUGUAUUAGUUUGUGAUUAGGUCAGUUUAAGGGGAACCGUUAGUGGUAGGUAAAUGAUAAUUGGUAUGCAGUUGAAUAAGCAUUAGCACAUCUCAUUUCCAAUGAGAAUAGUUGGUCCUUACCCCUCAGUCAUGGUCUAUUGACUUUAAAUCUUUUGCUUAGUUUACAUGUAUUAGUUUGUGAUUAGGUCAGUUUAAGAAGAACCACUAAUGUUAAGUCAAUAAUAUUUGGUAUUCAAAUGCAUUGGCAUUUGCAAGUUUCAUUUCCAUGGAGAUUAUAUUACCUCACCACCUCAUUAUGGUUCAUUGACUUUUUAACUUUUACAUAGUUUACAAGUUAAUGUUUGUGUUUAGGUUUGUUUAAAGGGAACGACUUAUGAAAAGUCAAUAGUAUUUGGUAUGCAGUUGUAUUAGAAUUGGCACAUUUCAUUUCCAUGGAGAUUGUUUAGCCCUGUACCUUCAGUCAUGGUUCAUUGACUUUGUAUAUUUGCUUAACUAACAUGUUUGAGUAUUGCUAUUUUAAUUUCAACAUUUGCAUUAUCAAAAUAACAAAUAGGUGAGACAUAUUUGUGUUAACAGUUAAUUUUUCACUUGGAAACUUAGUCAUUUUUCAGCAAAAUUUAUGAAACAGGAAACCUAAUUUGUGUAAUCAACACCUCCUACAGUUGUCUUAUGUAGACGAAACGCGCGUCUGGCGUUUCAAAUUAUAAGCCUGGUACCUUUGAUAACUAUUUACACCACUGGGUCGACGUUUCGUCCCCGAGGGUAUCACCAACUCAGUAGUCAGCACUUCGGUGUUGACAUGAAUAUCAAGUAUAUGGUCAUUUUUAUAAAUUUUCUGCUUGCAAAAGUAUGAAUUAUUCGAAAUACUAAGGAUUUUCUUAUCCCAGGCAUAGAUUACCUUAGUUAGCCGUAUUUGGCACAACUUUUUGGAAUUUUGGGUCUUCAAUGCUCCGUGUUGAAGACCGUACUUUGACCUAUAAUGGUUUACUUUUACAAAUUGUGACUUGGAUGGAGAAUUGUCUCAUUGGCACUCGUACCACAUCUUCUUGUAUCUAUCUUGAACUUUAUACUUGUUUUGGCUUUCUAACUAUUUUGAUCUGAGCGUCACUGAUGAGUCUUAUGUAGACGAAACGCGCGUCUGGCGUAUCAAAAUAUAAGCCUGGUACCUUUGAUAACUAUCUAACCCAGAUCCAUGAGACUUCACAGGAAGAUUGCACAUUUGUUGAAGUUAUGCACCUUAUAAUGCUAUUUCAUGGCGGUCAGUUUUUAUUGCUGGAGGAAGCCGGAGUGCCCGGAGAAAGCCACCGACCGUCGGUAGGAAAACUGACAAUCCUAGUUAAAUUAGAGUUGAGUGCACUCAGUGCUUACAGGCUAGUGGUACAGUAAAAAUUUGUUCAAAUAUACAAAGCACUCACCGUAAGUCGUUAAUAGCACAGGCGCUUGGGGCUCGACUACUAUUCACUCACCCCCACCCCGCCCCCAAACCACCACCACCAUUUUUAACGCACAUGGCCAAAAGGCCCAUAUGGGAUUUUGACACCUCUUAUUAUCCACCGUCAUCGUUCGGUCCGUCCAUCCGUCCUAGGUGGAAAAGUUUUAAAAAACAAUCUUCCCUGAAUUUAUAGACAGAAUAUUACCAAACUUUACCUGAAUGUUCUUUAUAGGCGAGUGACAUUUUCCCAAAAAAGAGUCUUAAUAAAGGACUUUAAUGCACCCAUCUUACACACGGCUAUAUUAUAUAUCAAUUUAAUUUGUCAGUGCAUCGUAAGCCUAUCUGGCUGGCUGUAAUGUAAUAUUGUACUAAUAUGUAUCUAUUGUAUAUAUGCAGGUUGCACUAUAAUAAACCAUUCAUUCAUUCA